CCUCCAACGAAAGGCAUAAAAGUCAGUUAGCUGUGUAAUGGAGGACUAAGCCAUCAGAACGUGUCAGACAUGCCAUGGAUGCUAUUUUCACUGCUCAUAUUUCUGCUCCUGCUUGUCUUCCUUUACUGUCGUCGCACAAGAAGGAAAAAUGAGCCACCUUUGGACAAAGGAUUUAUUCCAUGGUUGGGACACGCGUUGGCCUUCAGGAGAGACACAGCAAAGUUUCUGUCUGAAAUGAAAGACAAACAUGGCGACGUGUUUACAGUGUGUGUUGCCGGUCAUUACGUGACAGUCCUGUUGGAUCCAAACUCCUUCGACGAGGUGAUGAAGGACAACGUCCACCUGAAAGUGAGCCGCCAGCGACAGCAGCUGAUGGAAAAUGUGUUUGGUGUUUGUCUGCCCAACAUGGAGGCGUCAGCUGAGAAGACCUUCAUGAAACAACACUUUCAAGGUGUCCACCUGGACCAGUUGGAUGCUUCUAUGAGUGCUCACCUGCAGGAGCUGAUCUUGCAUCAUCAGUGCAACCAAUCAGAGUGGAGACGAGAUGGACUCUUCAGCCUCUGCUACAGCCUCCUGUUCAGAGCUGGAUACCUCUCACUGUUUGAGAACAAAAAGAACGUCAAUGAAGUCUACCAAGAGUUCCGCAAGUUUGACCAACUUCUCUCCAAAAUGGCUCGUCGCUCGCUGGAAGGAAAUGAGAGCGAGACGAUCUUGUCGUCACGGCGACGACUGUGGGAGCUUCUGUCUCGGACGGAGAACGGAGGGCGGGACGAGCGAAAAUCCUGGCAGGACAAGUACCAGCACUUCCUGCAGGAGGAGGGCGUCAAUGAUGAGAUGCAGACCAAAGCAGUGCUGAUGCAGCUGUGGACCACUCAGUGUAACGCCGGACCAACUGCCUUUUGGCUGCUUGGCUUCCUGCUCACUCACCCUGAGGCCAUGAAGGCGCUUCAAUCAGAGCUGAGAGGUCUGACUCUGGAGGACAUGUCCCCCCAGCCUCCUUCCACCAUGGAGACACACAGCACACCUGUGUUUGACAGCAUCUUGAAGGAAACUUUGCGUCUCACCGCUGCUGCUUUGAUCACCAGAGAAGUUGUGGACUACAAAAUCCUGCACAUGUCCACUGGACAAAAGUAUCAUCUUAGACGAGGAGACAAAGUCUGUCUUUUCCCCUUCCUGAGCCCACAAAUGGACCCAGAGAUACACCAAGAACCACAGACAUUCAAGUACGACCGCUUCUUAGACCAAGAAGUGACGACUAAGCAUGUUUUCUACAAGAAUGGGAGGAGACUAAAGUACGCCAACCUGCCUUGGGGGGCAGGCAGCAACGUCUGUGUUGGGAAACACUUUGCUAUCACCAUCAUUAAAAAGUUUGUGUUCUUGAUGCUGGCUCAUGUUGAUCUUCAGCUGUGUGAGCCCACAGCUGGAAUGCCUCCCGUCAAUCCAAGUCGUUAUGGUUAUGGAAUUAUGCAACCUGAUGGAGAUCUACUGGUCGAAUAUAGACUGAAGUUGAACACACUUUAAGAGAAAUACACUUUAUUACCAUGCUGUCUAUUUAUUUAUUCUCUUUGUUCUUCUGUGAAAAUGUUUCAUUCCGUGUUUCAAUAACAACAAACUAUGAUUAUUAAAAUGCUCCAAACCAAAAAACUUAUUCUCACCAGACAUUUUAUUAGCUAUAUCAGUCGCAUUUCGAUCGUACAUAUAAGAGAUCAGUGUUCGAAUCUCCAUUUGGACAUCUCUGUGUGGAGUUUGCAUGUUUCCUUCUUACGUUUGUGGUUUUUUUCCGGCUACUCCGGCUUCCUCCCACAUUCCGAUAAUAAUGAUAUUAAUGUUAUGUUAAUUGGGAAGUCUAAAUUUGUCUAUACGCGAUUGGCUAGGGUGUACCCUGUCUCUUGCCCCAAAUAAACUGGGAUAGGCUCCAGAUUACACCAGACCCUAAUAAGGAUAAACGGUGUAGAAAAUGCAUGG